AAUUCACAUUCAGAACAAGGAGUUCUCAGUCGAAAAUCACAAUUGGCAGACGAAGAACACUGACAUUGCGUUUGAAAAUUUUCACUGUCAAUUUCUGAAACAUUCGAAACAAAAAUGGGUGUUGAUGAUGUGCCGAUGGACGAUAAAGCUAAGAGAAUGAGAGAUCUGUUAUCAAGCUUCUAUUCUCCUGAUCCCAGUUCUCCUUCAAAGACGCCCAAUGCUUCUUCCAGAUUCGCUACAUUGGACACCAUCAACACCACCACAUUUGAUGUCGAUCAAUACAUGAACCUUCUUGUGCAGAAGUCCAAUUUGGAAGGUCUGCUUCAGAGGCAUGUUGAUAUGGCUGCUGAGAUAAAGAAUCUGGAUACCGACCUGCAGAUGUUGGUAUAUGAGAAUUACAACAAGUUUGUAAGUGCCACAGAUGCUAUUAAAAGGAUGAAGAACAAUAUUGUUGGCAUGGAAACAAGUAUGGAACAGCUUCUUGAAAAGAUAAUGUCUGUUCAAUCUAGAAGUGAUGGGGUUAAUACAUCUCUUUUUGAGAAGAGAGAGCACAUUGAGAAAUUGCAUCGGACCCGCAAUCUUCUACGGAAAGUUCAGUUCAUAUACGAUCUACCUGCUACGUUAGCAAAGUGCAUCAAAUCAGAAGCCUAUGCUGAUGCAGUAAAAUACUAUAUAGGAGCCAUGCCCAUUUUCAAGAUAUAUGGGGACUCUUCAUUCCUAGACUGCAAACGAGCCUCAGAGGAAGCAAUUGCUAUCAUUAUCAAAGCCUUGCAGGGCAAGGUAUUCUCAGAUUCUGAAUCCAUACAAGCCAGGGCAGAGGCUGUUAUGCUCCUUAAGCAAUUGGAUUUUCCGGUUAAUAAUUUGAAGGAGCAACUCUUUGAAAAGUUAGAACAGUUCCUUGUGGAUCUCCAUCUAGAAUAUAAGGAAAUAAGAUAUGCUUCAUCAGGCCUUGGUGGGAUUCCUGUAUCGGCUUCUUCUAGUUCUCAUGAGGCUUCUAUUCGUGAAUUUGCUGAGGCUGUCCGCGCUUAUCGAGUUAUUUUCCCUGAUUCCGAACAACAGCUCUUUAGACUUGCAAAAGAGUUAGCUACAAAGCACUUUGAAGCCACAAAACAGCACAUCAAGAAGCAGGUCUCUUCAACAGACCUUGUUGCCAUGUUGCGAGUAAUUUGGACAGAUGUGCUUCUGAUGGAUGAAGUGCUGCCAGAGGCCGGACUACGUGAUUUUACGUUUGAGGCUGCUCAUGAUGCUAUUAAACAAUAUGUUGCUUGCACAUUCAGUCAUCUUUUGCUAGAUAUUUCAGAUGCUCUUGUAAAAGUCCAUGAUAAUCAAAAGGGGGUAAUUGAAGAAGAGUAUCCUUUGCAGUCUGCCCUUGAGACCAGCAAAAAGGCAUUAGUACAAGGCAGCAUGGGCGCCUUGCUGGAUUCCCGUCGACUUCUUGAUGAAAACUUGGAAGUGCUAUCAAGUUUGACAGACUUGAUCAUUGAGUGGGUGCAAGAAGGAUUUCAGGACUUCUUCAGGAAGCUGAAUGAUCACUUUUUCAUGCUUUCGGGAAAGAAAUAUUCUGCUAAUCAGGAUCUAACCUUUGGGGAAGGAAUGCAGGGUGAUAAAGUACUUCCCGAGCUUGUUCUUUUGCUGGCUCAACUCUCUGUUUUCAUAGAGAAAAAUGCCAUUACCAGAGUCACUGAGGAAAUAUCUUCUUUCUCUGGUGGUGGGACUCGGGGCUAUGAAAAUAGUUCAGCUUUUAUUCCUGCAGAAAUUUGUCGCAUCUUUCGAUCAGCUGGUGAAGAACUCUUGCAGCAUUAUAUAAGCUUGAAAACUCAGAAGAUCUUGAUUGUGUUGAAGAAGAGGUUUACAACCCCCAAUUGGGUUAAGCAUAAAGAGCCCAGGGAAGUUCAUAUGUUCGUUGAUCUGCUUCUUCAAGAGCUGGAUACAAUCCUUAAUGAAGUGAAGCAAAUAUUGCCUGAAGGACUACAGCCUAAGCAUCGGCGCACAGACAGCAAUGGGAGUACCACUUCUUCUCGUAGUAAUCCGUUGAGAGAUGAUAGGCUGGUACGAUCAAAUACCCAAAAGGCUAGGAGUCAGCUUCUUGAGUCCCAUUUAGCAAAAUUGUUUAAGCAAAAGAUGGAAAUAUUUACUAAAGUUGAACACACACAGGAAUCAGUCAUAACUACGAUUAUAAAACUUUUCUUGAAGAGUUUACAAGAAUUUGUCCGACUUCAGACUUUUAAUCGGAGUGGAUUUCAACAAAUUCAGUUGGACAUUCACUUUCUUAAGACCACUCUUAAAGAUACUGCUGAAGAUGAAGCAGCUGUUGAUUUUUUGCUUGAUGAGGUGAUUGUUGCUGCUGCUGAACGUUGUCUUGAUCCCAUCCCUCUGGAACCAGCCAUCUUGGACAGGCUUACCCAAGCAAAGUUGGCAAAGAAUUCGGACCAGAGCUCUACUUCAUUAUAAUCUGGGAGGCUGGGAGCUCAAAUGCAUCGUGCUACUGCGACUCUGAGCUGGAAGUAAUCAGAAAAUAUAACACCCAAUGCAUUUUUUUAAUAGGUAAAGCAUAACACUCAAUGCUAGGUCCAUAUUAGAAGAAAAAACUUGCUUUAAAGCCUUUCUGGGCAGAGAUGAUUUCAAGAUUUAGAGUCAUCGAGUUCAUAAUGGAUGUGACAUGUUAUAUGUUCACAUUUUUUAUUUUCAUUUUCUUUUUACAUAUGUAUAAGUGAUUCGACUUGAAAGUAGUGGAUUCAGUUAAACUAAUUGAAUCCUCUAUAGAUAAGCAUUCACCAUAGGUCCAUAGCAUAUGCAUCACUUUGAUAGAGAAUGGAAGCAUUGCCAAGCAGCUCUCCUGGUUUCACGACCAAUUACAUUGCAACUGAAUUCAUGGAUCACUAGUUCAUUAAGGGGCAGCAUUUUCCAAAUGAAAGAAGGGGUACAGUGGAUUUUGUAAUUUGUCAAUUCAUUUUAUU